AUACUAGAGGCAUUUAAAUCCUAUGGUAAACAUCUCCGAACGUUUACAAGCUGACAUUCUUUGGAGAGUAAAGAUGAUGAUAUGGGUGACAUGGAUGUUUACUACAUUUGCCGCAGGAUUUUUUGCAAUUCUGGUAUUCCAAAGGAUGAAUUACCCAUUGUUUUGGGUGGAUUUGAUUUAUUACCUAAACUUUCGGAAGGUUGGAAAGGCGUUGAAGUCUCGUAUGCAGAGAGGAGUCACCACUUACCUCGAUAGCUUUCUUUACCAGGCAAAGAAGAUACCUGACAAGGCUUUCAUAGUGUUUGAGGGUCAAACGCUCACUUACCAGGACGUUGAUAAAAGAAGCAACCAAUUUGCUAAAGUUUUCAGAACCGAAGGUGGCUUGAAGAAGGGUGAUAUUGUCGCUCUUCUGAUGAGCAAUGAGCCUGAUUUUAUUUGUGUGUGGUUCGGACUCAGUAAACUGGGCUGCGAGGUCGCUUUCCUCAAUUUCAAUAUCAAAUCCAAAUCGCUCCAAUUUUGUUUUGAAAGUUGCGGAGCGAAAUCGCUCGUCGUAGGCGCAGAUUUGGUGAUUUCACUGGGCGAGGUGUUACCCUCUCUAAAGGAGAAUGCCAUUGAGGUGUGGGUCACGGACAUUGGCUGCCCUCAUGAAGGGGUCAACACGUUACUGGACAAGGUGGAGCAGGCCUCAGACAUGGCCUUACCUGACUGUCCUAGAGCUGACCUCAUGUCCAACUUCCUGUUCAUCUUCACAUCAGGAACAACCGGACUUCCUAAGGCAGCCCGGGUGGGCCAUCUCAAAGCAGUCAUGUGCAUGGCCUUCCUUCGUCUGUGCGGGGCCCGUUCGGAUGACAACAUUUACAUCACUCUGCCCUUAUACCACAUGACCGCCUCUCUUCUGGGUAUUGGUGGAUGUAUACAGCUCGGGGCAACGUGCAUAUUGAAAAAUAAGUUUUCUGCCAGUCAAUUCUGGAAAGACUGUGUGAAACAUAAUGUGACCGUAUUUCAAUAUGUCGGAGAGCUCUGUCGCUACCUGGUCAACCAACCUGUGGUCCCUGAGGAGAGUGCCCACAAAGUUCGUGUUGCAGCAGGGAGUGGUCUGAGGGCAGAUGUCUGGAGGGAGUUUGCCAGACGCUUUGGGAAAAUCAAUGUCCGGGAAGCUUACGGUUUAACUGAGGCCAGCAUUGGCUUUGUCAACUACACCAAUGAAAUAGGACCCAUCGGAAGGGCGGGCUACUUCAACAAGCUUAAUAUGCCCUUUGAGUUCUUGAGCUGUGAUCCCCAAACAUAUGAGCCGAUACGGACCGACUCAGGACGAUGUGUCAAAGCAAAUAAAGGAGAGACGGGCCUCCUGGUGGCCCCGGUGUCGGUCAUGAAUCCUUUCCUGGGGUAUGCUGGGAAUACGCUUCAGUCAGAGAAGAAGCUCCUCAGGGACGUGUUCAAAGAGGGAGACGUGUACUUCAACACUGGAGAUCUCAUGCUUCAGGACCACAGAGACUUUGUCUACUUCCGUGACCGUAUCGGAGAUACCUUCAGGUGGAAAGGAGAGAAUGUGGCCACCACAGAAGUUUCAGAGAUUCUCGGAAGUUUGGAGUUCCUGCAGGAAGUGAACGUCUAUGGUGUUACUGUGCCAGGUUAUGAAGGCAGAGCAGGUAUGGCAGCCGUCGUCCUAAAGAUGGACCAAAAGCUGGAUGGUAAAAAACUCUACAACCAUUUGGUCCAAAGUCUCCCCGCUUACUCGUGGCCCUGGUUUCUACGGAUCCAGACAUCCAUAGAUGUGACCGAGACCUUCAAGCAGCAGAAGAGGAAGCUGGUGCAGGAGGGCUUCAGUCCUGAGGCCGUCCAGGAGUCCCUGUAUUUCUUGGACCUAUCCCAGAGAGACUACAUCCCGCUCACUCUGUCUCUGUAUGAUGACCUUGUCUCCGGAAAGAUACGGCUCUAGGCUGUCCAGUCAGGUCAGCAGGACUAAACAGAAAGGUGUAUUUCUGAUUUAUAACGGGUUUAUAUACAGUACUGUUUAAAGGUGUUAUUUACCCAGGAAGCCUCACUGACUGACUGUGUCCUGUGCAUCUAAUUUUCAGCCACGUUUCUUUUUUUUUCUCUUUUUUUUUCAAUUUUAGUUUCCGUUAGGGGAUUAUAUAAUAUGUUCAUUUUUAUCAGAUGCUUUUAUCCAAAGCAUCUUACAGUUGGCACCUGUAUACAGUAAGACUGAGCCAUCCGAGCCAGCAAAACCACAUAGUUUACCUAAAAGUUAAUACCUCAAAAGUGGUCCAUAUUUUUGCACCGUCCGUUGUGUACUAUGUACUGCUAGAUGGUACAUUAGGAGAAUUCGCAGGCCUCAAUCCAACGUGAAAUGGAAAGGUUGACAAACAUCAAAUUCUAUCUAAUUUAAUUUAAAAUGUAAUUUAAUUUGAUGUCCUAUGUGGCAUCACAUGCUGAUCCGCAUACCAGGCUUCAGUCGCCACGUGUUACAGCAGGUUGACCCCUAAAGCUUGACUCAUUUAUGACCUACAAUGGUCCUCUCUUGUCCAUAACUCUGGGCCUUAAUUAUAUCCCCAAAUUUAAGACUGAGUUUUUCCUGGUCAAGUCACAUGGUCAUGAACAACUUCCAGCCAUAAGUAUGAUUUACAAAGCUAUUAAAUUAUGGUAAAUUAAUUAAUGAUUUUAAGACAUGCAACUGUUUUUUAUCAAGUGUGACCACCGUUAUUUAGUUCUUAUCAAUGGCAAAUGUAAUUUAACCUUUACUUAACCCGGAAAAGACCCUUUUGAGGUUAGAAACCACUUUUUGCGAGUUGUACCAUGAGCGGGAAAUGCAAAAACUAACCCAGAUAAUCCCAACAUUUUAAUCCAUAGACCUUUCAGAAAAACUAUAUCUUGUUUUCUAUACAUUUACACCUUUCAGGAACUCGCUGCUUUUGCAUUACUACUAUGUGACGUUUUGAAUAAUGACCGUGCAUAUUGUAUGUAUGCCCUGGAUGACGUGGUUCAUUUUUGUGUUUAUGAUUAGGUAUUAGAUUAUUGCAUAGAUUUUAUGUGAAUAUAUUUUGUGUGUUUUUAUAUAUAUAUAACACACAAUUGUAUUUUCUUAUAUUAUAUGUAUAUAUAUUAUAUAUAUUGUAGCGACCCGCACAGACAGCUGUGUGUUAUGUGCUAGGCUAGGAGGUGGUUGUGUUGUACUGACCAGUACCCGGUGUUCGCGGGGUCCGACAUGUCAAUCAACCUGCUAUCUGCCAAUCACGGGAAUGCCUGGAAUGUUCUGAUGCCGGGCAUCCUGGUGGUUGGCGGAGUGGCGUGGAGGGGGGUUGGGCAGGGGGGUGGAGCAUUGGAAGUUAAGACCAGGUUCAGCCUUUGUUCUCUCUCUCUUACGUCUGGGCUUCACAAGAGAAGGUCACGAUUGGCUUGUGGGUUAUCUGUCAUCUAUUUGGCGUGUGCUACGGCCCAAACAGUAGCCUGUGUAAAGUUGGUUUAAUAAACCGUCAAUUCGCAAACUCAAGCCUCGGUCUGGACAAUUUUUCAUUUAUGAUCUAGUCAGGUCAUUACAUUGGUGUCAGAAGUGGGAUUAUUUUAUAUAUAUAUAUAUAUAUAUUUUUUUUUAUAUGACAAUUUGUUUUGCGGUUAUGAAGAUGACGUCAUAACAGCACACCGGCGACUCACUUACAGUGAAUUGCUCCGACUCUACAUAUCUACAUCCUGAAAGUGCAUAUUAACCGACAGAAGGAACAUUUUUUAGUUUGGGCAUAAGGGUCCAAAAUGAAUUCAGGUUACGUUUAGGUUAAUUGAAUUAAGGUUCGGUUUAGGAAGAGGGUUAAGGUUAGGUAUUGUUUCAGUGAGGUUAUGGUAAGGGAAAGGGAAAGGCAUACAAGUUGACUUUGGGUACUACCCGUUUGCCGACCAUUCAUUUUCUGAUGGGUGUAAAUAUAUACAGCCAUCUUUCUGGACUUUUUAUGUUUGGAUUCCAACACAUAUCUCUAGUCAUCCUAAAUGUGGUGUUAUAACAUGUACUCUUGUCAAACAACAUUACAUUCCCAUUCCCUUUGUUUUUGAGACCACGCUAGGACAUAAUCUGUCUGUUAUCAUUUUAAAAAUUACACCCUGUUUUUAAAGUGAUGUCUGACCCAGAUUGAUUUGAAAAAUUAUGUACAUUAUAACAUUCCUUUCAGUUGAAAUAAACCAUAGUAUUUCCAUUGCAA